CUGUGUUGAUUAUAGUUGUGUGUAGCCAACGAAUAUAUCUAAUUCGUUGGUGUAACCUAACCAUGGAGGUGUUAUGGCAACUGUGUAGCUGUAUGUAUAAAUUACAAAGUGCAGAACCGCUUUGACCAACUCUCAUGGUGCUACUUUAUGAUUAAGAAUCAGCUAAAUAAAUUGUAUUAAAACAGUAUAUCCUUAUAAAUAAACACUUAGUUAAUCAAGCGAAAAUGAGAAUUGCCGUAGAAGGAUGUGCUCACGGUGAAUUGGAGAUUAUUUACAAUAUAAUUUUAGAGUCCGAAAAAAAGGAUGGCAAAAAAGUUGAUUUACUGCUUUGUUGUGGUGAUUUUCAAUCUACAAGAAACUGGAAGGAUUUACGAUGCAUGAACGUACCUGAUAAAUAUAAGGAUAUGGGCACAUUUUACAAGUAUUACACUGGUGAAAAAGUAGCACCUUGUUUGACCAUAUUUAUUGGUGGUAAUCAUGAAGCAUCGAAUUACUUACAAGAAUUAGCAUAUGGAGGCUGGGUAGCACCUAAUAUUUAUUAUUUAGGUUAUGCUGGAGUUAUAAAUGUUGCUGGCAUUAGGAUUGCAGGCAUGUCUGGCAUUUUCAAAAGUCAUGACUAUUAUAAAGGUCAUUACGAGUAUCCUCCCUACAAUGAUCAGUCGAUACGAAGUUGUUAUCAUGUUAGAAAUUUAGAAGUGUUUAGGUUGAAGCAGCUUUCUGGUAAUAUAGAUGCUUUCAUGAGUCAUGAUUGGCCAACAGAAAUAACAGAUUAUGGCAAUGUAAAAGCUUUACUAAGACAAAAAUCUUUCUUUAGUGAAGAUAUUCAAAAUAAGACUCUUGGUAAUCCUCGUGCUAUGGAAUUAUUGAAAAAGCAUUAUCCAUCAUAUUGGUUUUCGGCGCAUCUGCAUUGUAAAUUUGCGGCUAUUGUUCCAAAUGAAAACAAUAGUACAAAGCAAACAAAGUUUUUAGCAUUAGACAAAUGCUUACCAAAGAGAAAGUUUUUGCAGAUACUAGAAGUAGAACACGAUGAGAGUUUAGAUAUCAAGCUGUCCUACGAUUUGGAAUGGCUGGCAAUAUUAUAUUUAACUAAUCAUUUGUUGAGUGUUAAAAGUACUUACUGUUACAUGCCACAAGGGGAAUCUAAUUCAGGACGAAUUGUAUUCACACCAACGCCAGAGGAAAAAGAAAAGGUUCAUCGUAAAUUUAAUUAUGAUUUAACUGUACCUCUCAAUUUCAAGGCGUCAGUAGAAGUUUACAAUCCUGACAAUCCAAAUACGAGGGUUAGCCAACCAAAUUUAGCUGUCAAUGACCAAACUACUGAAUUUUGCAAUAAAGUAGGCAUUGAUGAUCCAUUUGCUUUAUUGAAAAUAGCAAAUAAUAUUAUUGAAGAUGAGAAUAAGAGCAACGAAACGUCGUUCUCGUCGUCGAAAUUCAAUGAUUCCAGCAAUAACUUAUCUUUCUCCACGGAAGAAGACGACGAUUUGCUGAGUUUUGUUAUAGACACUACGCCAAGUUAUUAUCCAAUAUCAGCAAUGACACCAUUGAAAUUACCUGCUGCUAAAAAUGAUAGUGCAUCUUUUGACGAUAGCGAGAGUUCUCAAAAACCAGACCGUUCGGUUUGUAGCAACAAUUCGAGAAAAAGUCUUGACGAUUUAGAAAAAGAAACUUCUGUUGAAUCUAAAGACUUAAGUUCUAGUUCGAUAUUAACAUCACCUUUGAGAUUACCACCUCCAAAAAAUGCAAACGAUUCUUUUGAGAAUAAUGAAAAUUCACAAGAUCAAGCAUCACAGAUGAAAAGUCCUAGAAGAAGUAUCGACAAAGUUGAAAACGAAUCUCUCACGGAACGACCGAACUCGGAACCGAAAAAGUUUAAGAGGCGAAAUCAAUCCAUUUAUCUUGCCUCGGAUUCGUGAUAAUUGAUGUUUUUUAUGUAAAAAUUUAAAUUUAAUUAAAAUUGUUAUUAUAAUAAUUUUGCAAUUAUUGCAAAAACCAUUAUUAUUAUAUGAAACAAUUUGCGCAAAAAAUUUUUUUAUAUAUUGAGAAGAUUAUUAAUAAAAAACAAAUUUUUUUACACAA